AUGAGCGCAAGUUCCAACACGAUGAACACUGAAAACAUUAACGACACCUACACCAUGGCUAAGGAGCACGACGACCGCGAAAGAGCCUCUCCUGCACCUACUGAAGAAGUCGCAACAGCUGCUCGCGAAAGGGGCAGCGAAGAUGUCAACAAACGGAUUCUCAACGCGCUUCUCGGUCUAGAAGAGCGUGUGAUGCGCAUGGAGGCUUCGCAGAUCAAGGCUGAAGAAGACGAGCGCAUGCGCGGCGCAAUUGAGAGUGGAAGGUUCAGCUCCGCGCUCGGGCGUGAGUUUGGGAGAGAUACGAUGACGCGAGACGCUCUCGGAUUUGCCCCGGCAGUGCGCAACACCCCGUUGCCACACGGCCCGUUCCAAGGUUCGCGCGAUGCGCCGCUGUUGCGGCAGUACGCGCCUCCUCUCGGGCAGCCACAAGCUCCUCAAGUUGGACAAGCAGCAGCACCGACCCCUGCUGCUGCUUGUGUGCCUGUGGGGAAGUACCGUGUGCCCGAUGCUCGAUAG